AUGUCUCUCUACGCCCUUCCUUACAAUGGAACCGAGGGCGAGGCCGACGCCGGCUACUCGACCAACGUCACCGACUUCAAUGUCUUCUACGAGUCUGGUGAUAUGGCCUGGAUCAUGGUCUGCUCAGCACUCGUGCUGCUCAUGAUUCCCGGUGUCGGUUUCUUCUACUCGGGUCUGGCUCGCCGCAAGUCGGCGCUGUCCCUAAUUCUGAUAUCGAUGAUAUGUGUUGGAGUGGUGGGCUUCCAAUGGUUCUUCUGGGGUUACACCUUGACCUUCUCUCACACCGGCUCCGUCUUCCUCGGCGACAUGUCGAACUUUGGUCUGAAGGAUGUCGUCGCCCAGCCCUCCGUCGGCUCGACUAAGCUCCCGGAUAUUCUGUUCUGCCUCUACCAGGGCAUGUUCGCUGCCAUUACUCCUGCCCUCGCUCUUGGUGCCAUCGCCGACCGCGGUCGCAUCCUCCCCGCCAUGGUGUUCGCCUUCAUCUGGGCCACCAUCGUCUACGACCCGAUUGCUUACUGGACCUGGAACGGCAACGGCUGGCUGUUCACCCUCGGCUCCCUCGACUUUGCCGGAGGUACUCCCGUCCACAUUUCCUCCGGUUCCGCCGCUCUCGCCUACUCCCUCAUGCUCGGCAAGCGCACCGGUUACAACAAGGUUCACGGUCUCCCCUACCGUCCCCACAAUGUCACCCAUGUUGUGCUUGGCACCGUGUUCCUCUGGGUCGGUUGGUUCGGCUUCAACGGCGGUUCUGCCCUUGCAUCCAACAUCCGUGCUGUCAUGGCCUGCUUCAACACCAACCUCGCUGCUGGUGUUGGCGGUGUGACCUGGAUGCUGCUCGACUACCGCCUCGAGAAGAAGUGGUCGACGAUCGGAUUCUGCUCUGGUGCCAUUUCUGGCCUUGUGGCUAUUACCCCCGGUGCUGGUUUCGUCACUCCCUGGGCUUCCGUCAUCUUCGGAAUCGUUGGUGGAAUUGGCUGCAACUUUGCGACCAAGCUCAAGUUCCUCCUUGGCAUUGACGAUGGCCUGGAUGUCUUCGCUGUUCACGGCGUCGGUGGUAUCCUCGGCAACAUCAUGACCGGUAUCUUUGCUGCUUCCUACAUUGCUGCUCUCGAUGGUGCCUUGGUCAUCGAUGGUGGCUGGAUCGAGCACAACUACGUCCAGCUCGGCUACCAGCUUGCUGGUUCCGUCGCCGGUUUCGCCUGGUCUUUCGUCCUGACCUGCCUGAUCCUCUUCCUCAUGAACCUCAUCCCCGGUCUCAGCCUCCGUGUCCACGUCGAUGACGAGGACCUCGGUCUCGAUGACACCCAGCUCGGCGAGUUCGCCUACGACUAUGUCGAGGUCACCCGCCACGUCUCCGACCUCGUCGGCAGCGGAAGCAGCCACGACCAGACCGUUGGAGGCUCUGCCCACAGCUCUCUCCCUGAGAAGACCGUUUAG